AUGGGCUUCGUGUUCAGAAGCCUGUUUCUCUCACUACUUUUCUUGUUUUUACACCAAGCACAUGCUGACUUCAACUCCACCGACGGAAAACUCGCCGGCGGCUGCAAUAUUUUCCGAGGCAAAUGGGUUUUUGAUGCCUCUUAUCCUCUCUAUGAUUUCUCAACUUGUCCUUUCAUAGAAGAUGAAUUCAACUGUGGUAAGUACAAAAGACCUGAUAAAAUGUACCUCAAAUACAGAUGGCAGCCCUUCUUGUGUAACUUACCAAGGUUUAAUGGGGCGAAUUUUUUGGAGAAAUGGAGAGGGAAGAAGAUAAUGUUUGUGGGUGACUCACUCAGUUUGAACAUGUGGCAGUCACUGAGUUGCAUGAUCCAUUCAUGGGUUCCAAAGGCUAAGACUACACUUAUAAAAAGAGAAGGAAUUUCUGCACUUGUAUUCUUGGAUUAUGGAAUGAAAUUGCUAUUAUAUCGCACUCCGUACCUCGUAGACUUAGAGAGCCAAAAGAUGGGUCGGGUUCUCAAGCUUGACUCGAUCCGAAACGGGGAUGCUUGGAGAGGAAUGGACAUGUUGAUUUUCAACUCAUGGCACUGGUGGACUCACACUGGAAGAUCUAAACCAUGGGAUUACAUGGAAGAGGGAGGCAAAUUGUACAAAGAUAUGAACCGUCUGAUUGCUUAUUAUAAAGGGUUGAACACUUGGGCAAGAUGGAUCAAUCGAAAUAUUGAUCCUUCAAAAACCAAAGUGUUUUUCCAAGGAAUUUCCCCCACACAUUACGAGGGCAAGGAUUGGAGUGAGCCAUCAAAAUCAUGCAGUCGAGAGACACGACCAUUCUCCGGCCUGAAAUACCCGGCCUCCACACCCUCGUCCGCCGUUGUUGUAAACAAAGUGCUACGUACAAUUAAGAAACCAGUAUAUUUACUCGACAUCACAUUACUCUCGCAAUAUCGGAAAGAUGCGCAUCCUACGUACUACAACUUGCACAAAGGGCUCGACUGCAGCCAUUGGUGUCUUCCCGGCUUGCCAGAUACUUGGAACGAGCUUCUCUAUGCAGCUCUCUUCGGCUGA